AGAUCAUGAACAAACUAUAUGUUGGGAAUCUAAGUCCUUCGGUCACUGUGGAGGACUUGCAGCAGCUCUUCGGGGAGAGGAAGCUGCCCGCGGCCGAGCAGGUCCUCGUCAAAUCCGGCUAUGCCUUUGUGGACUUCCCCGACCAGAACGCGGCCGUGAAGGCUAUCGAGACUCUCUCGGGCAAAGUGGAAUUGCACGGAAAGGUGAUAGAGGUGGACUACUCUGUUCCCAAGAAGCUGAGGAGUCGGAAGAUUCAGAUCCGGAACAUUCCCCCUCAUCUACAGUGGGAGGAUUUCGACGGCCUGCUAGCUCGAUAUGGUACUGUAGAAAACGUGGAACAAGUCAACACUGACACAGAAACAGCAGUGGUGAAUGUUACAUACGCAACCAAGGAGGAAGCUAAAGAAGCCAUUGAGAAGUUGACAGGACAGCAGUGCGACGACUUCUCCUUCAGGGUGUCGUACAUCAUGGAUUUGGACGCCGCUCCGCCCAUCCAGGCCGCCCGAGGUCGACGCGGCGGCCGGUUGUCGCGGGACCAGGAGACACCUCAGCCCGGACCCUCCGGAGGAUUCGGCGCCCCGCGGCCCCGCCAGCAACAGGACUUUCCUUUGCGCAUGCUCGUGCCCACUCAAUUUGUGGGCGCAAUCAUCGGCAAGGAGGGACUCACCAUCAAGAACGUCACCAAGCAGACGCAGUCCAAAGUGGACAUCCAUCGGAAGGAAAACGCGGGCGCGGCCGAGAAGCCGAUCACCAUCCACUCGUCCCCGGAGGGCUGCUCCUCAGCCUGCCGCAUGAUCCUGGACAUAAUGCAGAAGGAGGCCAACGAGACCAAGAUGCCGGAGGAGAUCCCCCUAAAACUCCUGGCCCACAACAGCUUGGUGGGCCGCCUCAUUGGGAAGGAGGGCCGCAACCUGAAGAAGAUCGAGGAGGAAACAGGGACCAAAAUAACCAUCUCCUCGUUACAGGAUUUAACCAUUUACAACCCAGAAAGGACCAUCACGGUGAAGGGCAUCUUGGAAGCGCUUUGUAAAGCGGAGGCGGAGAUCAUGAAGAAACUGAGGGAGGCCUACGAGAACGACGUAGCUGCUAUAAAUCAACAGGCCAACCUUAUCCCAGGCUUGAACCUCAACGCUCUGGGCAUCUUCUCCUCUGGUCUGCCGGUGCUGCCCCCAGUUGCUGGACCUCGCGGUUCAGUCCCCCCUGUGGCACAAGCAGGAUACAACCCAUUCUUAAGUCACUCUUCACAUCUCAGUGGCCUGUACGGGGUUCCUCCAGCAAGUGCCAUCCCCCACCAGCACUCAGCUCCAGAACAGGAGGUUGUCUACCUCUUUAUUCCAACUCAGGCAGUGGGAGCUCUCAUCGGCAAAAAAGGCCAGCACAUCAAGCAGCUCGCCCACUUUGCAGGAGCCUCCAUCAAGAUCGCCCCAGCUGACAGCCCCGACGUCACCGAGAGGAUGGUGAUCAUUACCGGCACGCCAGAGGCUCAAUUUAAGGCCCAGGGUCGGAUAUUUGGGAAGCUGAAAGAGGAGAACUUCUUCUCUGGGAAGGAGGAAGUCAAACUGGAGACGCACAUAAAGGUUCCUUCUACUGCAGCCGGAAGGGUCAUCGGGAAAGGUGGCAAGACGGUGAAUGAGCUUCAGAACCUUACGAGCGCUGAGGUCAUUGUACCGCGGGACCAAACUCCAGACGAGAACGACGAAGUGUUUGUGAAGAUCAGUGGGCAUUUCUUCGCCAGUCAGACUGCACAGAGGAAGAUCCGGGAGAUCAUUCAGCAGGUCAAACAGCAGGAACACAAACACCAGCGAGGUGCCGCCAGUUCACCACAACACUCCAAGUGACCAGCGGCCAAUGAAUGUAACCCUCCCCAAAACGGACAGAGACCUCUAGUCAGACAACGACCGCGCCCCGAGAGGGAACGCGCAGGGCAGACCAGCAGCGGCGGGAUCAAAAAAUAACCAAAGAACUUCAUCGAGGAGGGGAAGCGAGCGAGAGCCAAAGGCGGUGAGCGUCGUUCGUGUGCACUGCCAGCCCUGCGACAGUACACGCAGCAGGAUACUGAUAUUGCAAGAACAACAAAACAACAACAACAAAAGGCGGAAAAGCGUCGUCUUCGCACGGUAAAACAGGAACUAGCACGUCACUCUGCGUAUUUGUUCUCUUUAGUUGGAUUAACAUACUGUAGGCCUAACUCGGAUAAAGCGACUGUAUUAACGACACAAUUAAAACAAGAUGGAGAUGAACUAUCCUUAGCAGUAUUAACACAGGGUAGACGACUUUAUUGACAUUUACAAGAGCAACCACAUUGAGCAGUUCCCUUACUUUGGAAAAAAAAAAUCAAAAAGUACAAGCCCUAUUUGGAAAUAUGGUGAAUGUUUUUUUUUUUUUUUUAAACAAGCC